AUUGACCAGGUGGUCACGCCCAUCUUUUACGUCAUAGGACUUCCCGCCAACCCACUGUGUGCUUACAUCUGGCUCAAUCGCAAAACCAGGGCGAAUAACUCGUCUGCCAUCUACCUCGGCGCCCUGUCAAUCUCCCAUGUCAUCUUUCUGUUCUUCCACAUCCUCCAAGAGCUGCGCUACGCCUGGGACAUCAAGACGUACGACGGCUACGUCUCGUGUGAAAUUUUCAACAUGGUUUUCUGUAUCCCACAAUACCUUGCGCCUCUUCUAGUCCUGGGCUUCACGGUGGAGCGCUACAUCGCCAUCUGCCACCCGUUUGCCAAAGCACGCUACUGCACUGUCCGCAGAGCGGCCAUGGUGGUCGUCAGCCUCUUCGUCUUCUGCGUGCUCAUCAGCACUCUGCAAGCUUACUUCUGGACUUACGAUGAGGACAGGCAGAUCUGCAACCACCGACCUGAGCUACAAACUGGCAACUUCAUCGAGCUGUGGACCUGGCUGACCGAGUUACUUCUCUUUGGAGUCGCUCCGCUCGCAGCUCUGUUCUUCAAUAUUCUCGUCAUUAGAGAAAUCAGGAGUCUGACCAGUGGCGGCCCCGCGCACACUGGCAUGAGUGGGGGCAGCCAGGCCUCAACAGUGACACUCCUCUGUGUGUCGUUUUACCUUAUAUGCACUUGGCUUCCGUAUACAAUAGUUUAUUCUCUGUAUAAACAGUUUCCCAUCGGGGACUUCUCGAUGGCUAGUGAUGCUGUGAAGAAUGACCCCACGUGGCAGAGGCACUUCCUCUACAACACGAUCAGGGUCAUCCUCAUAGAGAUCACACUCUCGAACUCAGCCUGUUAUUUCUUUAUUUACUAUGCAACUGGCAAGCACUUCCGGGACUCUGUGCACGACCUCCUAUGUCCUACCAAGUGUGUUCAGGAAAACAAUCGAGGUCACCACGCCAAGCAGUAUAUGGCGGUGUCGAAGUCUAACCAUUACAAUGGCACACUGGUGACAUGCGUGUGAGUGGGCAAGGAGCAUUGGUGUCAUGCGUGUGAGUGGACAGGGAGCAUUAGUGACAUGCGUGUGAGUGGACAGGGAGCAUUGGUGACAUGCGUGUGAGUGGACAGGGGGGCAUUGGUGACAUGCGUCUGAGUGGACAUUGAACAUUGUGACAUGCGUGUGAGUGGACAGGGGCAUGUGUAACAUGCGUGUGAUGGG